AUGAUGGUCUCCAAGCUCUUUACCGCUCUCGCCGCUGCUGGCGUGGCGGCGGCCGCUGGCACCAAUGCCAAGUUCAACGCUUACUGGGGUCAGUCUGGUCCCCCGAACGAGAGUCUCCGCCAGCGUUGUGACGAGGGCGCCGACUACAUCAGUCUGUCCUUUGUCACCUCGUCUCCCGAGAAGAACCCUGAUACCGGCUAUCCUGGCAUUAACUUCGCCGCCCACUGCUGGGCCGAUGUCUUCGAGGUCAAUGGAAAAAAGUCUAAACUGUUUAGUCACUGCGGAACCAUCAAGGAUGAUCUCCAAUACUGCCGUGACAAGGGCAUCAAGAUGCUCCUUGCCAUUGGCGGUGAAUGGAAUGAGAAUACCGCCGACUACCGUGUCACCACUGAGGAGAAAGGCCGUGAAUUCGCCGACUUCCUCUGGAAAGCUUUCGGUCCCCACGAUCCCUCUUGGCCGGGCCCUCGUCCGUUUGACAAGAGUGCUAUUGAGCACAGCGCCAUUGACGGUUUCGACUUUGAUCUGGAGCUCCCCAAGGAAAACGGCAAGCACUUUGACAACAAGCCCUGGAUCGCCAUGAUCGACCAGUUCCGCAAACUGAGCAAGGAUGUCUUCAUCACCGGUGCGCCCCAAUGCCCUACCGCGGACGAGUGGUUCUCUAUGAAGGAGAUGAUCCAAAAGGCUCAGUUCGACGCCCUCUUCAUCCAGUUCUACAACAACCCCGGUUGCGAUCUCAAAAAUGCCAAUUUCAACUACAAGAUGUGGGAAGACAUCAUCGCCAGGAGCGACAAGAGCAAGAACGCUAAGCUCUUUGUCGGUAUUCCUGCUUCCGAUGCCGCUGCCUCAAGCGGCUACAUUGCUCCCAAGGAUCUCGAGAAGAUCAUCUGCUCGAUUGCCAAGAAACCCUCUUUUGGCGGCAUUUCCAUCUGGGACAUGUUCAAAGGCUUGGAGAACGUGGUCGAUGGCAAGUCCUUCAACGAGCACGUCAAGGACAUUCUCAGCAAGUGUGGUAAGCAGACUGCGACCUCUACGACCUCGAGCACCACUAGCAUCUCGACGGCCAAGACGGCCAGCUCUUCCAGCAUCGCAACCACUAGCACCUCCACCGUCUUGACUUCGACCCCGUCCUCCAUCCAUUCUACUGUUGUCCCGAGCGGCAGCAACAACACCAGCUCUGCCCUGCCCACCAUCUCUAGCUCCUCUGUCAAGCUCGCCGGCACCGGCAACGCCCUGUCCAGCUCUUCUGUUCAGCUCACCGGCACCGGCAGCUCUCGCGCUGCUGUUCCCACUCCUGGCACGGCCUCUGUUCCCUCAGGCUCGCACUCCAGCCUCGUCCACUCCUCCGUCGCCGCCACCACCACUCCUCGCGUCACCGUGGCGCCCUGGAGCAACAGCACCACCACCUCGCAGGAGAUGACGACCAGCACCGUCUACACGACCGCCACCCGCACCAUCACCGACUGCCCCCCCUCCGUGACCAACUGCCCCGCCCGCGUCGUCACUGAGACCAUUGCCCUCUACACCACUUUCGUGUCGACGACUGUCUGCCCCGUCGCUGAUGUUCCUCAGCCGACCCAUCCCGCUGGUAAGCCUCCUGGUGGUGAGCCCUCUGGCGACAAGCCCUGGAAGCCUACUGGUGGUGAGCAGCCCUCUGGCGACAAGCCCACUGGUGGUGAGCAGCCCUCUGGCAACAAGCCCUCUGGCAACAAGCCCACUGGUGAGCAGCCCUCUGGCAACAAGCCCGCUGGUGGUGAGCAGCCCUCUGGCAACAAGCCCUCUGGCAACAAGCCCGCCGAGUCCCCUGCCGCGACUACCACCAUGAACAAGACCAUUGUCAAGACCAUGUCCGCGAUCCCCGAGACCACUCUCACCGUCGUUCCCGUGCGUCCCAGUGGCAGCCAGUGCCCCGGCGGUCCCGACUGCCCUGCUCCUUCUGCCGAGCACAACAAGUGCUCCGGCGCCGACUGCCCUCCCAGCGGCACCAGCGUUCCCUCGGCUUCCGUCGUCAAGCCCUCCAUUCCCGUUGUGACGGGUGGUGCCUCGUCUGUGGCCGCCGGUCUGGUUGCGCUCGUCGCUGCCCAGAUCUUCCUUUUGUAA